AUGGCAGGAGGUCGACGUGGUCCAGGACGACCUCAGAUGAGCCGAUCGAUGCCACCUCCACCGAUUCAUGCCACUAAUGUUGUUCAUGGGGGGAAUUCUUCAUCCCAGGGUUCGUCCGUUCGACAUCGUGGAGGUACUGGCGGCAGUGGCAGCAACACCCCUCUAACUACCCUAAUCACCAUCACACCGAUCCGUCAUCCUGAUAUCCCUAACCUGCCAACAGAGGGCAGUCUUCUCUUUGAGACGCACACUGUUAUCUACUUACUGACUGCCCUGUUUCUUCAAUACAUCAACAUCUAUAAGACGGUCUGGUGGUUGCCUCUUGCCCCUUCUAACACAGCCAUGAACUUUCAUCUCAUCGAUCCGUUCCUGUUGAUCUUUGUAACACUGGUUCUCAUCCGGCGCUUGGUAUGGCAUUUCAUCAUUGAGCUGACACCGAUAGUUACGGUCGUUACAGUGCGUUACUGCAUCCUUCAGGCCAUCAAGCUCGUCAUCACCCUGACUUUCCUCAAUCUUGGCCUCUGGUGUCUUUGGCAGCUGAUGAACAACAACUCUCCUCUAAAUCUUCUCUUCCUCGCUUACCCGUUGAUCUCCUAUUUUCUCCUGUACGGCCUGACCCUCGACUUCAACACGACCCUGUUUUCACAGCUUGCUCCCCCGGCCAAGGGGAGCAAGGAGGAACUCUUAUGGAACGGUAUCACCAUGUUGACGCCUGCCAAGCACAAAUGUUCCCACGUCCCCAACGAGAUCAGACAGGAAGCCGACCUCCUCAAGCUAGACUUCAACUCCCGUAUGAAGAGCGUGCUUUUCAACUCCAUGGUCUGUGCAUACUACGUUGGCUUUGUGCCGAUUUGUUUCUUACAGCCGGCCAUGUACUUGGAUCUGUGGUGGUCGUGUUUUCUCAUAGCCUUUGUGUGGAUCAAUUCAUUUGUGAUGUUUGGCUCACAUUUCUUACCCGUGGCGUACUGCGACGCACUCCAUCGAUGCUCCCUACACCUUGGUCGGUGGCAGAAGAUGGAACAUGGGUAUAGCAACACACCUCAACACCUUUGGUCAGACACAACGGUUUGGCCGCAAGGGGUACUGGUCAGAUACAACAAGGGUAUCUAUCGGGCAACUGGACAACAGAAUGUAGCCUUUCCCUCAGACCGGUCCUAUGCUCGUUUCUAUUUCAUGUUCCAUGACCCGCUUCGAGUCCUCAACCUCUUCGUGUUCUUACAACUGGGCGUCAUAGCAACCCAACUCUAUCUCCUCAUCCGUCAUUCUCACUGGCAUUACGUCAUCUCCCUCUCCCUCCUCCUCUUCUGCAACUACUAUGUUCUCUUCAAGUUGCUGCGCAGCCGCUUCAUCCUGGGCAAGAUCUAUCGACCCAUGCAUGACGAGAUGGAGUAGAGGUCAAAGGUCGAUUGCAUGUGAUGUUACCUUUUUUGGUUACUACUUAUAAAGAUCGUUUAUUUUGUUAAACCAAUUUGGUGGUGUUUAUUAGUUGAAGUCUACAACAUUGACAAGAAUGUCUGUAGAAUCAGUAGUGUCAUAUUAGCAGCCAUUCUGAAGCAGAUUAAUCCUUAUCUUGCUACCCAAUUUUUUAGCGACUAUCCAAAAGAAACUUACCAAUUUUGAAGGGGUACAUUUGACAAAUAUUGGAAGAUAUAUAUUAAUGAGGAAUAAGAAUUGUAUUUAAUGCAUGGUUUCCAGUGUGAAGAAAAUUUUUAGACCAAUGCAAAUCAUAAAAGUAUUUGGGUGGGAUUUUCUGCCCAUGGUAUGUUACGAGGUAGUGAUUAUUACAUGAAGGUGUGCAUACUAUGACAAGCAUCCAUAAUGGCCUCCUCACACUUUACGACUACUAGUAGUCCACGAUCCGAUUUUGGAACAAAUUACAUUUUGAUCUUUUUCUGAAAAUGUGAAUGAAUGGUAUCUCUUUUAUUUGAGGUUGAAAUUAACUGAGAGAAAACUAAUUUAACAAUUUUCAAUGAUUGUAAGCCUUUGUUCUGGAGUGAAGGCCAAAUAAGUUUCAAAUGGUAGCCAAUCGUACGAUUGCUAUGACAUCAUUUCGACUAGAUAUCAAAUUCGCUUUUAUUCUGAGGAGAUGAUAUUCUAAGGAUGAUAGCAUAGUCACAGCUUUGAACAUAAGUAUUCGUAAGAUGAUUUCAAACUUUACACAGUAAGAUAUUCCAUGUCUCAAUAUUAACAUCAUAUUCUACUACGUUUUAUUCCCAAAUCGGGUCACAGACUAUCGAGACCAGUUGUAAGGUGUGCGGUCGCCUUUAUGCACCACAGGCAACUUUUAAUUUAAGUGCUAUUUUAGUCACAUUUAAAUCUUUGUGAAGCAUUUCUCAGGUUUGGGCCAAUCAUUACCAAUUAACCCUAUAAAGACUGAGGGGGUGGGAUGGGGUACAAACAAGCAAGAAUGGGUUACAAAAGACUUGACUGGAAUAAGGCUUAAUGGGAAAGUUUGAAUACUGUAAAUACAAUGUCUGGCUUGCACCCAGUAGUUAAGAUCCUAUACUCUAUCUGAAAGUAUUAGGUGGACUGUGCGUGCAAGUCAAAUUAAAAUCACUGAGGUAUUUGUUUUUAUAUCAUCAUGACUGUGCCAUGAACCAGUGAUGGCCUACAUGCAGUGGUAGAGUCGCUGACUGGCAAUUAGUAGAUGAGAGGUUCAAAUCCUGCUGGUUCCAAGAUUUUUUCUGACUUAUAUUUCUGAUUGAAUAUGCGAUCCUAUUCACUGGGUGCAAGCCAGAUAUUGUAUUUGCAGUAAAAGACUUGAAUAUGGAGAGUAGAACGGGAUUGUAUAUGUUCUGUGAUUGUUUCUUAUUUUUAUUUUAUUUAGUUUGAUCAAUUGUGUAGUAUUGUGAAUUUUGUGUAGAAUGAGUAGUUUUUAGAUGGGAGUAUCAUACAAAGUGACAUUUGUAUGCAUGUGGCCUUAUUGGAAAGGGGUUAUGAUAAAUUUCUGGGCUGGUAUACAUCACAGUGGAUAUUUUGAUAUCUCAGCGCCAUUAUACCACUUUAGGCCCAAGUUAAAAAGACUUCAGAAUACAGGUGGGUGUUUGAUAAAGCUGUUCGUAAGUCAAGAGCAACUUUAAUAAUGACGGGUGAUCCUUCGUUAUGCGCUCAACCAUUGCCAAUGAUUAUUUUGGUGUAUACCAUUUACCACAAGAAAGGAUCACCAGUCGUUCUUGAAGUCGCUUUAACUUACAAACAGCUUUAUGAAAUGGCCCCCGGGCCAGUAAAAUCAAAGUUGUGUAUUGAAUACCAGCCCAGUUAUACUUGGUAAUCGGGGGAGCGUUUCAUGAAAAUUUUGUCAUUGAUUUUUUACCUGCAGAUGUUAUAAGCUACUGAAAUCCUUGCAUCUGAUUGGCUGGGAGCAAGUUUACUCAUAAUAUAUCAAUGACUAAACCCCUUCGUGUAAUGCUCCCUUCGGUCUGUUCUUUGUUCUGUAAUUGUGGCCUUUACGGCUAGUGUGCUUGUAAUUUGCUUCUUUUUAUUUUUAAAAUCUCUUUAGAUUUCUUUAGAUUGCCUAGACGUGUUUUAGACGUUGAAUAGCUAGUAAUGACAAAAUCAUGAUCGGAUUUUGCAUUUUGACUCAUAUAAUCUGUUUAUGGAAGUACAUGCAUAUGUAAUCGAGAUGUUUUCUCAUUUAUACCUUGAGUAAGCUUAACACAUGAGAAGGGUUCUGGGUUUAGUGUUGAUACUUGCCAAUAUUUCUUUUUUUUCCCCCGCUUUCUUUCCGAGACUGUCCUGUAAUGACCAGUAUAUAAGUGCAUUAACAGAGCUACCAACCCUUGGAAGAGCAAAUUAACAUUCUGUACCUCCAAAAUUAGUAUUUCUCCAUCAAAUUGUGUUUUUCUCAGAUAUCCUUCUUUUUCUCAUUUUUCGUCAACCAUUAUCAUGCAGUGCUAAUGCGCAACUCUUUGCUCUCCAAGCCACAGUGUGGUGCACUUCUAUGACUUUACAAGAUGCCAGAUCAUUUCAGUUCUUGCAAACAUGUUUUUACAUACAUUACAUGUAUUCUUGUUAAAGUAGCUCUUUAGCCCCCAUCCCCCCCCCCACCUUUUUUUAAAAACUCUGAAUUGGAUGCCCUUUAGUACUCCCGUCAUAUUUUCAUAAAUACUAAUUUAUCAUAAUGGUUGGCACCUCUGUUAAAUUGACAAGCCCUAUUCAUCGCUUGUUUAAAGAAUGCUCAAUUGUUGCAGGUUGCUUCUCGGGCAAACUCUAAAAAAAAGAGGUCAAAGUUUAGGGAAUGAGGAAAAAAUGUAUCAGAUGUAAACCGAAGAUUGUCGGCACUAAAAGUUGUCUUUCUCCAAUAGUUCCUGUAGUAAUAGUCAAGACACGUACUUCUUGGCCAAUCAUAACCAGGGAUUUCACCAAUAUUGUAGGAUCCCACAGUUUUGUCAUUGAUGAUACUGUUUGUGAAACGGUGCUCGGGUCUGAUGCAAAAAAAUGAUUGUAACCAAUCGGGAGAAUGGUUUCAUUCAUUAGACUCAAGAGGCUGAGCAUUUAAGCCAAUCAGCAUCCUUGUUUCAAAGUCCAAUUGAUUGAUUACAAACUUUCAUUCUACACACUCUAAUUGGAGUUAAGAUUCUAAUUGUAUGUUAGAUUCAUUCUUGUCUGUAUAAAUAUUGCCUUUCUUACAUCAUGUGAUGUAUUUGUAUUUAAAAGGAAAUAAACAUGCUUUUUCUUGAA